UUCAGAGCGCGUUACGUCAUGACGUACAAGCGUGGGUGUAUGACCUAAUCCCGUAGAAGUCUAGCAGGAGUGAACACGUGAGCCCGUGAAAAACACGCGUACUCGUAAGAAAAAGAAUUGAGAGGCCAACUUUUUUCCGGCAGGCUAUUUGCGUCGCGAUGGCUGUGCGCGCCGCCUUCGAGAAGAACAACGAGAUCGGUUGCUUCGCCAAACUCACCAACACAUAUUGUCUAGUGGCCAUCGGCGGCGCAGAAAACUUCUACAGUGUGUUCGAAGGCGAGUUGUCCGAAAGCAUCCCGGUGGUUCACGCGUCCAUUGCCGGUUGUCGUAUCAUCGGACGCAUGUGUGUGGGAAACCGUCACGGCCUGUUGGUCCCAAACAACACCACGGACCAGGAACUGCAGCACAUCCGCAACUGCCUUCCCUCAUCUGUCAGCAUCCAGAGGGUAGAAGAGCGUCUUUCCGCACUCGGGAACGUCAUCGCGUGCAAUGACUACGUGGCGCUCGUCCAUCCGGACCUGGACAGGGAGACAGAGGAGGUCCUGUGCGACACGCUGAAGGUGGAGGUGUUCCGCCACACGGUGGCUGAUCAGGUUCUGGUGGGCUCCUACUGCGCCUUCAGCAACCGGGGUGGCCUAGUGCACCCAAAGACGUCCAUCGAGGACCAGGAUGAGCUGUCAUCUCUCCUGCAGGUCCCCUUGGUGACGGGCACGGUGAAUCGGGGCAGCGACGUGAUCGCGGCGGGAAUGGUAGUCAAUGACUGGUCGGCCUUCUGCGGACUGGACACCACCAGCACUGAGAUGUCUGUCAUUGAGAGCGUCUUUGGGCUUAGUGAUGACGCACGGCCGUCCGCCAUCACCACUGCCAUGAGGGACUCUCUCAUCGACAGCAUGGCGUAAGAAGGGCAGCAGUCGCACACCACGUCAACAUUUUGGACUUUGGAGGAUUUUUUUGGGGCGUGGCCUCCAGUGAGGCUCAAGAUGGCUGCUUCAUUUGCCCACAAGGGGAUGGCACUGCAGGAAGUGACACAUUUGCCUAUCUGGCCACGUUCGUUUCCGGCUGGCCGCGGAACAUUUGAUGGGCGUGUCAAGAUCAGUCAAGCAAUGUGGUCACCUGUCCAAAAGGCUGUGUGAUGUCAUCACGGACUUCACUCAACUUUGGAGAAACACAUUUGGUUUGACCUCACUUCAAAUCAUGGCACCAAUAUGCUGAGAUGUUAUCGCACCCCAUCAGGUUUUUUUUUUUAUACGGUUAUUUUCACCAAAUGCAGACCUCCCCCUGAGGCUUCUUGAGUCUUUUUAAUGGCAAUAAAAACAAGAACAAGCUGA